GCGCAGUGAUGCCGAAAUAUUAUGAGGAGAAGGAGGAGGAUGGCAGAGCGUGUGCCGGAGUGAGGGAGGAUCUGAGGAGCUGCUUACUGGAACAUGACUGUGUGCGGAAGGAAGGAAAGACACCAAAACAGUGCUUAAAAGAAGGACAUUGCACAGCUUUACAACGUACUUUCUUUGAAUGUAAAAGAUCAAUGCUGGAUAACAGAACUCGGUUCAGAGGAAGAAAAGGAUAUUAACAAUUCAAGUGCAAUAGAAGAUACUGCUAAAUUUAAGUGUAUUGAUGGCUUCAGAUCAAUGUUUUGAAUAAUGAAUAAAAUAGUUCUCUCAUUUGAUUUAGAAAA